CACGUUUACACACAACUCUCCACUUCCCUUGCUCUUAUCCCUGCCGAAUUACCCUCUCUCCUUCCCAAGACUUUCACUCUCUCUCACCAUGAAGAAGACCAUCUCCAAGGUCUCCAAGAUCUUCAACGGCGGCAAAAAAUCUAAGGAGGAUGAUAGUGUCUCCUCCAUCACCCCAGCGCAACUAGGGGAGAUGAGGGCGAUGAUCCCUCCUGACUACGGAGUCCAGGAAGCCACGGGUACUACUUUGGAAUGCAACCCUAACAUCUCCCGCCGGCUGGUCGUCCACUACGACUCGGUUAGGAUGGGAUGUCGCUUUCCUCUCCACCCCCUCUUGAUUGAGAUUUGCACCCGCUAUGCCAUCCCCCCCGGCCAAAUUUCCUCGAACUCCCACGAGAGUCUGUUCGGCUUCUUGGCGCGAUGUCACAAGAGAGGCAUCCAACCCACUUUGAAGCUUUUCCUCUCUUCCGUCCCCACAAUUCCCGAAGAUCUUCCCUUCCCCAACAUGUGGCGGAAGAAGGAAGAUAAGUUCCCUUCUCACCUUUUUCCCCCUCGCGACUCGGAGCUCGAGGGGGUCUUCCGUCUUCUUCGCAAGAACGGCCAUCCGGUCCCCCGCGUGCUCCUCCUCAAGGACUCGUAUUUUCGGGGUCUCGGGUAUUGGGUGUCUCCCGAUAUCCCUCUCCAAGAGCCUUCGGGAAACACUACUUCUUCCCGGGUUCCUCCCUUUAGGGUCACUCGAACCCGUCGGGCUUCGCGGCGGUCCUCGCGACGGGAUCCUUCCCCGGAGGAGGACACCGAAGGCGAAGAAACGGAGUCCGUGACUGGGGCACAGCCUCUAUCAUUGGUCGAGCGUCCUCCCUUUUCGGGAGAGGUGGUGGUUCAGGACGUCUCCGACGAGGAUGGCCUCUAUGACUUUUCUCCUUGGACCCUGAGGGGACCCCAUCUUAUCCCCGGCGUUCCUCACCUUCCUCUCUUUGGUAGGGGAACUUCUUCUUCGGCUCAGCCCAGGGGCCCACUAGGUUUCCACCCCCAAACCGGUGGGACCCUUCCGACUCGGCGCGCCACUGGUUCGCAAGGGUCCCUUGAGCCGCCUCACGUUCAGGUGGCCGGGACUGGCUGUGGGGAAGACGAAGCAAUUUCCCAGCCCCAAACGUCCAAUAUCCUCAAUUUUGCAAAUUCUGCGGCGGAGAAUAUUUUUGGGACACCCUUUGGUCAUGGCGACGUUCCUCUCCCCGGAGCAAACAUCCAUCAGUCUUUUUUGGAGACGGAGGAGUUAAUUCGGUCCUCCAGUUUUGGGAAGGCUACUGUCCCAUCCUCCAUCCGUCCCACUGCCAUCCCCGGUCCAUCAAUUCAGGAGACCGGGUCUUCCUUUUCUUCUCAGGUCCGCCACAAGAGGGGCCGGAACUCCACCCCUCUCCCCGGUUCUCUGGUGUCCGCCGGUCCUCCCAUGGGGACCGCCGAUGAUGAGUUUCUCAUUGGGCAAGGGAGUCAACCCUUUCCCUAUGCCCGGGAGGCCUAUCAGUUCACAGGAUACACGUCCUGGGUAGGACGGGACUUCAACAACAAGCUUCAAGAAAUACAACAGCUCAAGAGGGACCAUCCUGACGUGGUCCACAGCCCGGCCUGGCCAUUUAUGCAGGAGGAGUAUACUCGACUGCUAACUUUUGCUGCCUUCCUCUUUUGACAGGCCGAUUAUGUUGCCACUUCCUCUGCUCAGCGCCAUUCCCUU